GUCAGUUUUUCUGUCCGUCAUAGGCAAAGCGUGCUUUUGUCAGCGCUAAACGCAGUGUGGAGAAGCUAGGUGUAUGACAUGAGAAAUGUUUUCCAGUGAGGAAAAAGUUAACUCAUAGGAUGCUGAUCUGGUCUGCUUCCAGUUACAGCAGGAAGGAAUGGUAAGGGCUUCUCGGUAGUUCGUGGCUGGUUUCUCCUUUCAGGUACUCCGCAACUAAUGAGGAUGUGUGGUGUGUGACAGCACCUGUGCCAUUUAUGCUGUUGUACACGGGCAGCCUUCAACUGCCUCCAACUCGGUGUAUGCCAAAAAGUCAGCAGGACACUUAGAAGUCGGAGGUAGGUUGUUGCCGACGGACAUUCGACAGAUUAGGAAAAUGAUGAUGGCCCAGGGGCAGGUAAUCCGACACGAGCGGGCAAGAAGGCACUUUUUGUGGGAUCCUGCUUUUAGUGUGCGUGUGUGUGGUGGUAGUAGUAUUACGUUUCUGCAGGGCUAGUAGCAGAAAUAUAAAAUUGUGCUGGUAGUGCAGUCGGCGGUGGGGCACGGUGCGACUCAAAGUCCGAAGUUUGGGCAAACCUCAUUCCCAGUGCAGAAGUCAUCCUUUGAGGUUGGGGACUUCUCGUCGCCCUCACCGGUGAAGGGAAAACUCUGUUCAAUGCUGUUGUACAAAUAGUGAUAAAGGUGAACAGAGGCACUGCGGUUUAACAAGUUGCUGACUUUGGACAAAUGCAGAAACUCAGUUAAACUAAGUCUGCCGUACACCACCGACAAAGGGUAUCAGUUUCACGUCUUACAAGGACAAAUGUAAAUUCAAAGGCACGAUUUAAAGAUCUUCCGAAUAUCAGUCUGAAUCUGACAAAAAAAAUGCCUAAUAUGCAAAUAAAUAAAAAUCAAAUAAAGUUACACAUGUUGCAUUAGUAGUAAACCUCUAUUCCUGAAGUGGUCACUUAUGUUGUUCUUCAUAGUGGAGGUAGCUUGAGCACUAUUCGCCGCCUUCUUUCCGGUGAUACUGUGAGUGUCUAAACCGAAUAAGCGAGCAACUCCUGCCGUCCUGGAGUCCCACAGCGAGCCACAAGUAAUUCUGGCAAACGCCAAUGCAACUACUGCGCAGCCUGAAAAGGCGUGCUCUACAGGCAGUGACUCAUAGCCGGAACCCCCUCAUAUAUAAGGCUACUGGGAUCACUGAAGAGCAGACCUGCAAAAGCUCCAGAGACUGAGCCUGCAUGAGCUUUUGGACUUAUAGAGUAGGCUACUGUAAGUAACGAAGGCACCAGAACUGCGCAUUAACCAGCCUUGCAGAGCAUGCGCAAUAAGGCUUCAUUUUUGCAAGAGAUUAUUAUUCUAGAAGAAAAGUUGGCACUACAUAAAUCAUUAGAAAUCCAGGUCGUUUCAGGAAUCUGUACAACAGGUGUUUGGACGCGACCAUGCUAUUUUAAGGAAAGGAAGCCUUGCAAGUUAGCUCUCUAGAGGGACCACCAUCUGCUCUGACCAGCGCAGAUCUCGGCGAAUAAGAGGGAUUAGGUUAUUGGAAAGUGGAACGCAAUCCAGAUAGCUUUUGCAAAUUGAAGAUAAAACCGGAAUUACCAUGGCCCACGAUGAAGCCAUUAGUAACGGUGGGGAUUGCGUUGAUAGAGAAAGCAGUAAUUUCAGCGUGUUGAACUGGGAGCAAGUGCAGCGGCUAGAUAGUAUAUUAAACGAAACCAUCCCAAUUCACGGCAGAUGGAACUUCCCUACUCUGGAACUGAAGCCCAAGCAGAUAGUGAAGGUGGUGAGGAGCAGACUGGAAGAAAGAAACAUCAACGUUCGAGAUGUCCGGCUCAAUGGUUCUGCGGCCAGCCACGUCCUGCACGAGGACAGCGGCUUGGGCUAUAAGGACCUUGACUUGAUCUUCUGUGCAGAACUUAAAAGAGAAGCCGAAUUUCAAACGGUCAAGGAUGUGGUAUUGGACUGUCUUUUGGAUUUUCUGCCGGAAGGCGUUAACAAGGAAAAAAUCACACCUCUGACUCUGAAGGAUGCGUAUGUACAGAAAAUGGUGAAGGUAUGCAACGACUCUGAUCGAUGGAGCCUCAUCUCAUUAUCCAAUAAUAGUGGGAAAAACGUGGAACUGAAAUUUGUGGAUUCCUUGAGGAGGCAGUUUGAAUUCAGCGUAGACUCCUUCCAGAUCAAACUAGAUUCACUUUUACUUUUUUAUGAAUGCUCUGAGCACCCGAUGACUGAGACAUUCCAUCCAACUAUAAUUGGUGAGAGCGUGUAUGGUGAUUUCCAGGAAGCUUUUGACCAUCUUUGCAACAAAGUGAUUGCCACUCGAAAUCCAGAGGAAAUCAGAGGAGGUGGGCUACUUAAAUAUUGCAAUCUCUUGGUUAGAGACUUCAAGGCUGCCUCUGAAACAGAAAUUAAAUCACUUCAAAGGUACAUGUGCUCCAGGUUUUUCAUAGAUUUUUCUGACAUAUCUGAGCAGCAGAAAAAGUUGGAGUCUUACCUGCAAAAUCAUUUUGUGGGACUGGAGGACCGUAAACACGAUUACCUUAAGACCCUGUAUGAUGUGGUGAAUGAAAGCACAGUUUGUCUGAUGGGACAUGAGAGGAGACAGACCCUAAACCUUAUCACCAUGCUAGCAAUCCGUGUUCUGGCUGAGCAGAAUGCACUUCCUAGUGUCACUAAUGUCACCUGUUACUACCAGCCAGCCCCAUAUGUUGCAGAUGCAAACUUUAGCAAUUAUUAUAUUGCCCAGGUUCAGCCAGUGUUCACAUGCCAACAGCACACAUACUCAACAUGGCUACCUUGCAAUUAAUGAUGGCAUUUGCUGCUUCUUAAGGAAUUUAAUGUUAUGCAGUAUAUAGAAAGAGGGAUGACCCACUCAGAAAUAAAAAUUGGGUAUGUAUUAUGUGCAGUUGAUGAUCUGCUCUAUACUCUAAGCUUGUUAAAACUGUGUCGGUUUUACAAUACCUGAGAGUAAGAUCUAAAGAAAUGUAUCAAAAUUUGAAUUCAGCCCAGUGCAUAGAGGCCUUUCAGUGGAGGUGCAAGGCUUCCCCAGAAGCAAAUGUUGGAGACAUUUUGAAAUUGUGGGCUGCUGUAUGUGCUCCCACAAACUCAGUGUGGAGAAGCUUAGAAAGUCAAAUAGUCAGUAAGAUAAAUCUGGGAAGGGGGAGCUUCUAAAAUAGGCAUAUAGCUUGCAGUGCACUGUUUCUCAAGAUUCAAUGUAGGAUAAAUGCAUAUGAGUUGAGAUAAAUAUUACAAGCUGUCAAGGCACUAUUUUGAGGCUCCCAGGUGCUAGUUAUGGGUUGAUCAAAUAGAACAAUGCACAGGUUGCUUGUUUGAAGUCGAGUGUUUUUGAGAGAAUGUAGAAGUCCUAAUAUAGGUCUAAUAUUGUAUAGUAUUUGAUGUAAGAGCAACUGAUAUUUUCCAGUUGAAUGAAAUUUCACAUUUUUGAAUGUGAAAGUGCAAGAAAAAAAGCUUUCUCAAAUAACCAAGUGCGGUGAAGGACCAAAGAGUUCACAGUUAAAAUGCCCACAUUUAAAACUAUGAAAUAAUAAGUAACAUGGACAAUAAAACUACUAUAUUUUCUACAUAUAUAUUUCUUAAGUGCCUGUUUACUUUAGAAUAUUGUAAAAUGUAAAAAUUAUGUAUUUGUGGAUUCAUUCCAACUGAGCUUCAUCAGGGACACAUCUCAAAAGUUAAAGCUUGUGAAAACAUAACUGAAGAAACCUGAUAUAUUUCAAUUGAAAUUACUGUGUAAACAUUUACUGUUUUGCAGGUAUUACAGUUAUGUGAUAACAGCAUCUUGAUAAAUCUAAAUAAGGUGCUUUUGUUGCUUAAUGUGCAAGAGAAUGCCACAGAGGUAAUGUGCAGAAAAUGUUUCUAGGAAACUGAUUGUGAGGGGACUGGAUUGUAGUUCUUUACAUUUGAACCACCGUCUUCUGAUGCAGAAAAUGUGUGCAAAGUUUUAUCCUGUUGGGAGUUCUAAUGCACUCGUUAGGCAACCAUAUUCUGUACUUGUGGUAGGUAUGUACUACAGUAAAAUGUGAAGACUGGAGAUAUGGUCCUGUAAAGUUAUAAGCUGAGUCCACGUGGUCUGCUUUUUUCCUAGCAUGACCAUGCAUAAUAUAUUCCCUUUUGUUUAAAACUAAUAUUGGUGAAUGGGCAGACAAAAGUGUUACUGCACAUUGAUUUGCACAGUCCACAUAAAAUAUUACAGUUUUACUAGAUUGGAUUGGGUGCAUCUGUAAGGCAAACAAGUAACAUUCAUUUCACAAGGUGCACCACAUUUAACACCAACUACUGCAUGGUGUUUGAAGUUUGCUGGAUGUCUAUUUUUAUGCUUUAUAGAUCUGGACAAGUAUGAUAACCUUUUAUUGUAGUAUGUACCCACUGUGUUGUUGGAUCAAUGCCUGUAUGUACUUUGGCAAACUCACACUGAAUACACUGUGUUGUACAGAAACAGAUCAUAUUACAAGUCAUGAAUUAAAAUGACUUUUCUGCUGGAAGCCGAUUUAAACUGGUAAAGUAAGUACUGGCAAAUAUCAUUUGUAAAGCAAUAUAUGUAAGGAUGAAAUAAUUGUUUUGGCCACAUUAUUGUGAUUUUAAAAACAGACGGUGGGCAUCAUAUAGUAGUAGUAGUAUAUUUACCAGUUUUUUACUACCUUGGCUAUGAAAUUACAUUUUGCAGUACUUCAGUAUGUUUACUGUAGCACCUUUCCUGUGAGUGGUAUGGAAACUGUUAAAGCAUUUGCACUACGGCACACCAUUUACUUGAUAACCCUGCCUUACACAUGUAUAGUCUCUGGCAGAUUUCCCCUGUUGUAUAUUUGUUGAAACUGUUUCAUGGAAGGAAUACAAUUCUCAUAGUGCAUUCUUUCAGAAUGCAGCACUGAACAUGUGUACAUAUUAAAAUUUAAGAGGGCUGAGAGCUUGGACAGCUGCUGUGCAAGGCUUGGGUGGAAGUACAUUGAGUACGCUGGUGAAAUAGGAUCAGCUGGUGAUGUGGUACAUUCCUUUUAACCACAACUGCUGCUAUUCUAGAGAGUCAUCCUCCAAAAGAAAAGUCUACAAGCCAAAGAUUGUCACAGCCAAAAGAAAUGGGUAUCUUGUAGUAAGGUGUUGUUUUUCUUUAGGGAUUUUCCCCUACUUCCUUAAUUCCAUUUUCAUGCCUUUCAUAUUUUCUUAAAGUAUUGUAUUUGGUGACUUAUAGCAGAAUGAUUAGGUAGAAGCUUGCAUUUGCAUGUCAAGGCUUCAAGCUGAUUUAAUGCUGUUUUGCUGUAAAAUAGCAAGUCUGACGAAAAGUACAUGGCAUGAAAGCACAGUCGCAGAAAAGUAUACACACAGAUGUGAACAUACUCACACACUCAUAGACAUACACUCGCUCACCAUUUUAGCACAGGUGAAAUAAGAGAAUGGCAAAAAAUCCUGUCAACCUUUCAGAAAACUACAUCAUUAGACUAUUAAAUUUGUGUUACUUUAUUAGUUUGCUGGGGGAAAGUAAAAGAGAAGCAGCAAUUAUUAUUUGUAAAUAAAAUCUUGAUUUUUUUUUUCAUGGUGUGUCCUUCUGCCCUUUUUUCCUGAGGUGUGAUUAUUGUUGCUUAAUGCAGCCCUUAAUGAUAUAAACAGACUGCAAAUCCCCUUGGGUGAAUUAUAGGCUUAGCUUACCUACAGAGGGAGAGCUGUCUGAAGGACAUUGUUCCGAAAGCAGACAAUCAUCCAUUAUGGACAGCUGCACAGCACAUUUCUGUUUAAUUUCAAACCUGUCAGCCAUGUGCAGUACUAAUUUGCACACAUACAGUAGUUCAUAAAAUGCAGUGAGAUAUAAUUAUCAGACAUUUCAGUGCUGUGAUUACAGCAGAAAAGCACCAGAUGGCACUAGUGAAUCAGGUGCACAUUAAAACAUCCCAUACCCUAUGAAGCACAUCAUAUAAGCUUUCAGACUGAAACUAUCAGUGAUAACAGUUAUUUUCAUUCUGGUUGUUUGACCUCCAGACUUCAGGCCAAAAUAUAUGGGAAACCAAACUCCAUAAUGUAGUUUAAAGCAAGUUCUGUAAAUGUCUUCUGAUGUGCACUAUAAAGAAUAUGUAUGUUUUUUUUUUCAUAUGCAUAUUUUUAAAUAGUUGAAGAAAUUAUGCCUGAGAGUCAAAUUGACAUUGUACCUUUUCAUACAGUUCUGUUUGGUUUUGCAGGAAACUUCCUUAAAAAUGUACCUUUGGUUUGUUUGUUUGUUGCAGUAAUUCUUGGUAGCAAAUUAAAGUAGUCAUGCCGUUUGAGUUCUCAGACAACUGGGCACAUGUGCUACAUAUUACUGCAGUAUGAAGACAGCUCUGUGUGGUUUCUUGUUCCUCUCAGUAUCACAUAAACACUGCCUUCUCUGAUGGCAUCCUGUUGAAGCAGUCUGUUCCUUGGAUUGCUUUGGUGGAAUUUACUGACUAAAAGCUCUGUCAGAAGAAACAAAGAGUUGAUGGAACACAUAUAUUAAAGACUUUAGUGUCUGCAUCAGUGCUAAAGGGAGCAGAUUGUGAAUUGUGUUUACACCAUCCAAUAUUUGGAAUUUUUUGUAAAUAAAAAUGAUAUUAUUUUUCUCUA